CUUUCAGCCUACUUGGAAUUCCAAUUCUCCUCCUUUUGUCCAAAAUGGACCCGUUCUCCGUGGCGGGUUCGGCCGUCGGUGUCACCUCUCUCGGGCUGCAAAUAUGCCAGGCUCUAAUCGUAUAUUACGGGAAGUUCCGAAGUUUUCACGAUGAUGUCGACGCAGUUGUAAGAAGAUCAGAAAGCCUGGGCAGAAAUUUGAAAGCCUUAGAGUCGUUGAAGAUCCGACUGGGGGAUGGCGAGGUGUCCUCGGAUCUACAAAAGUCCAUGGAUACAGUCGCUCUGGCGCUCAGGAAGUUGAAUGAGUAUGCGAAACGAUGUGGAGAGAUCAAAGUACCCGUGAGCCAGCGAGAUCAAGCAAGGCUUGUGACGAAGAGAUUGUUGUGGCCUUUUCGGCACGACACAUUACUCUAUCUCCAGGAUACGCUGGACCGAACGCAAGCGGAUCUGGAGCUUGCUUUGCAGAUUAUAGAUUUUGGAGUCGCACACAAUCAUACAGAAGCUCUUGAAGAGGUCAGAGAGACCUUGAAAAGUCAAAAUGAUAUAAUCGAGAUCGAACGUGGAAAUCGGACAAUCGAGAUGACUUCGAUUCAGAAUCAGACAUCCCUGAUUUCAUCGCAGCUUUCUGCCAUCAAGCGGAGGCUUGACAUAAUAGUCUUACCCAAUGCAAGAACUAUGAAUCUGACUAGCUUUCCAAGUUCUUCAUCAAAUGAGAAAGGCCACGAUGAAACGUUGCUCUGUUCACAGAAUCAAACAGCCGAAAAUCGUCGUGAGCCACUUCAAGAGAUAGCAAAUUGGAAGGGUUCGCGAAGUGCAAGAUGUCAUUGUCGCUAUUUUGCGCGGAAUCAGAUUCAAAUUAAGUUCAGUAUUUCACACUGGCUCUGGUUUCCUAUCCGCAUCGAGGAGGUGUCGGAUCAUAUGCCAGGUUGCCAAUAUUAUGCAAGCGGCGAUCGCGUUCAAACGAUCAAAACACAUUUCAAUGUGAGAAUAGCUGGAAGCUGGAAUUACCAUGUAAAAGCGAGCUGGACUCACGCGCAAACAUCAAUUUGGUCGACCAUAUCCCCUGUUUUACGAUUCCAUCCCGUAGUUCCAACCGAUUCGCCAGGGUUUGAACCUUUCAACCGGUUACUCCAAGAGUCUUUGAAAGAAUUUCGGUCACUCCCUCGCAUACAUCAUCUUUCAGAUAAGGGGCGCAAAAGGAAUUGGAAGUUGCGACUUUAUCAAACAUUAAACACGGUUCGGGACAACUUUAAGCAUCAACGGGCUAGUCCACUCGAUAUUAACACAAACGGGAUGAGUAUAGUGAAGCUUAUUCUUAAGCAUGUGAUGUUCUACCUUGAGCAAGGAUUGCUUGACAUUGACGAAUUUAACAUUCUCCUCAACGAUCUAGAACUUAUGGGACUUAGACUGAACCAGGAAGUCAGCUAUGCAAUGCUUUUGCUGCACAUGAAAUACGGUUCCCAGGUGGGGAGUCUCUGUCUUAAAUAUGACGAGGACGAUGUUGCUCUCAUUUAUUCACAUGUCAUACGCACAACAGGGAGUUGGAGCCUCCCCAAUACAACUUUGCUAUUGAUGGCACCUCAGGGGUUCUUCGACUUCAUAUAUGAACUGCUCUUACUUGAAAAAUAUGACAGAGACUUCGAGGAGGAAUCCCCCCUCACAUCCGCCAUUGUCCAUAGAUCGCAACAGGAGCUCUUGUUGAUACUUCAAUCAAAGCCGCCAUCUUCAUUUUACACUAGUAUCGAGUUCAACGAAGCGUUAUCAAUUGCAUUAUCAUGGCCAUCUGGAUUAAAAUCACUGUUGUCCAAUAUCCCUGGGGGCCUAUCUAUUUUAGGCGCGGACCAGAGCCUCCUGAUGAAUCAUGCUUUGAACCUCAACAACAGAGCAUCGAUACGUAUCCUUCUCCACAACAAUAUCUCUGUAACUCCUGAUUUAUGGAGGUGUGCUUGCUAUCUGCAAGACGGCUUUGAGGCAGAGACACGAAAUGAGAUCUUCACAUACAUGGCCACAUACUUGGCACGAGCUGGGUGCACUUCCCGACUCUACCACGAAUAUAAGUUGACUCCAAUCGCUGCUCAAUGUCUUUGGGAUGCAGGUUUUCCACUGGACCAGGACACUGGGUGUCCUGGGAGGUCAUCACCGUUGUGGUCUCAUGCUAGACUUGCGGAUCCCAAGGAAUCCUCAUGGGCUGCUACGGAAUCACUUCUAGAGUGGCUUGUAAGCAAAGGGUGUAGCCUUGACUGGGUUCAUCCACAGCACCGCACCACUUCCGCCCAUUUCAUUGCGCGACAGUUUGCAUGCUCAGGGGUCUUCACUUCUAUUAACCUAGAUGAUUCAUUGCCACCGUGCAGUGAAUUCAUGAUGGAUGUUCUCCUACGUGGGAACCGCGACGUCUGCUGCUGCCACUGUUCAGAAGAUGGAUGUACUGUCAUUGGAAGUGCCAUAAAGUUGUCCUCAGGCUUGGUCGAUACAAUAGAGGAAAGACGAACAGGCAUGUUGCAUUUUGUCUACGAGAUCGUAGAUUUGCAUGAUGAUCGUCGUUGGAUGGCACCUGCGAUCAUUCGAAUCCUCACUUUCGACAAAUUGAACCUCACUCACACCUGCUGUCACGAGUCACUUAAGAGGUGGUGGCUUUCAGACCCUCCAGACUGCAGUGAAAUAGACGAGAUACACGUUAUCGAAAAGAAGGACAUUGAGCUUUUGGAACGACUCAUGGAAGAAUUUACGGCUGCUUGGGAAACACACACAGGGAAAUUUCAGGAGUUCAUCGACAACGUCUGGGAGCCAAAGAUGGAAGAAGAGUGUGGCGAAUUGUCUGAUAUCGAUGAAUCACAAAUACAGAGGAUUAUGGACAUUGGUGUGGUUCUUGACAAGGUUGAAACGCAGACUGUAUCUACGGAAGAAGGGUAG